GCCGAGCCCUGAGGCGCGUUGCGUGGCGCGGCGCCCCGUUCCUCGCGGGGAAAGGCGGGGCGGCUCCGUGCCGCCUCGGAACGGGAGCGGGGAGCGUUCCUCGUCCUUCGGGCACCGACAGCUGGGCGCCAGGGGUAGAAAAAUAGGUCUGCCGCGUCUGCAGAGCCCGGAAUGCCGCAGGGCGAUCUGUGCCGGGGCUUGUGACAGAAACACACUCUUCUCCCGGGGAGAAGCGUCAAACCCGUCGGCAGCCCCAGGCAAUUAACUGCUAUCGGUGAUUAAUCGGACCUGCGCGGGCGCAUUGCCGGGCACGUUUUCAGCUCUCCCGAGCGGCAGACGAAGCCCCGCUCGUUUUGCAGCCCGUGUUCCCCCCACGUGCUCCGUUCAGCCGUACCGCCCGCUCACACAGCACCGUUCCGCAGCGCUGUUCGGGAGCCCCGUCCCGCACGGCACAGCUCUGCUGCAGCGAGACGCUCCAUUCCAGCCACGGACGGCUGGAAUCCCCCAGACUGCCGGCACGGCACGACGGGAGCGCCGGACACGAGGGGGAGCACGCGGUCCUCCCGGCCCGAGCCGCGCGCAGGCGGCGUUGCGGACCCCCGCCGCGCCCCUUUCCCAUUCCCUUUUCCUUUCCCUUUCCCUUUCCCCGCCCCUCGGCGCGCUCCCCUCCUCGGCGGCGCGAUGCGGCGGCGGCCGCUGCUGGCGCUGGGCCUGGCCGCGGUCCUGGCGACGCUGCGCGCGGCGUCCGGGCAGCACCGAGCCGAUUACGACCGGGAGGCGUUGCUCGGAGGGCAGGAGGAGGCGGAGGAGUACGCGCGGCUCAGCCCGGAAGAGCAGCAGCGGCGGCUGAAGGCCAUCGUGCGGAGGAUCGACGCGGAUAACGACGGCCUGCUCAGCAAGGAUGAGCUGAGCUCCUGGAUACAGCAGUCAUUUAAACACUACGUUACACAAGAAGCUAAGCAACACUUCCACGACUAUGACAAAAAUGGUGAUGGAUUGGUGUCUUGGAAGGAGUACAACUUACAAAUGUAUGAUCGUGUAAUUGAUUUUGAUGAGAAUACUGUCCUGGAGGAUCAAGAAGAAGAAUCAUUUCGACAGCUUCAUUUAAAGGAGAAAAAGCGUUUUGAAAAAGCUAAUAGGGACGAUGAUCCUGAUCUAAAUGUGGAUGAAUUUAUCGCUUUUGAGCAUCCUGAAGAAGUGGAGUAUAUGAUGGACUUUGUCACUGAGGAGGCUUUAGAAGAACAUGAUAAAGAUGGUGAUGGAUUUGUGAGCCUGGAAGAAUUCCUUGGUGAUUACAGAAGAGACCCAACUGCCAAGGAAGAUCCAGAAUGGAUACUUGUUGAGAAGGAUCGAUUUGUGAAUGACUAUGACAAGGAUAACGAUGGGAAACUCAACCCUCAAGAGCUGUUAUCCUGGAUAGUACCCAAUAACCAGGGUAUUGCACAAGAGGAGGCUCUUCACCUGAUUGAAGAGAUGGAUCUGAACGACGAUAAAAAGCUUUCUGAGGCAGAAAUCCUUAAGAACCAGGAUUUGUUUCUUAACAGCGAAGCCACCGAUUAUGGCAGGCAGCUUCACGAUGAACGCUUCUACCACGAAGAACUUUAGAUUAUUUAUUUUGUAAUCUGUUUUUCUUCCCUUCCUUUCAUUGGGAGCCUUUGUUAAAUGCACUCACUUUUCAGCUUUGUUGGAAGUUUUACGCUGUAAUUACAAUAGAAUAACAUUUGUGUAAAUACUUGGCGUACAAAAUUAAAUUGCCUUCCUGCAGGCUUCCCUAGGCCUCUUCCCACCUUCAAAAUUAAUCUUAAAUACUUAUUCCAAAAUUACAUAGCAAUGGGAAAGAAAUUAGUUAAGGUAGUACAGUAAAUAGUACUGUGCAGGGCUGUGUGACUACACUUCAAAUAAAUGGGUAAUCUAAAUGGUUGUGAAGAAAUUCAAAACAGAAGAUGAGACUACUAUUUUUUCUAAUCAGUUUAAUUAGGGAGGAGAGCAGAGAAGAUAGAGGGAAGAAGUUUAGAGUGAGUAUUAACUGUGUUUUAUUUAAUAGGUUUGGAGAAACACUUAGGUUAAAUGCCUCAAUUGUUUAAGAGGUUUCUACUUAACGUUAAAUGGUUCCUAUAAUGUGUUUUACUGUAUUACAAGAAGAAAAACCUGCUAUUUUUACAUCUACAGACAAUAAUUGUUUUUACGUACAGUUCUACAACACUGGCAAUACGAUGGUAUUUUACAUUGUCAAGAACUUCUUCAUUUGUUGGAUUAAAACAAAAAAAAAUUCCA